UGCAGAGCUACGAGCAACGCAGAUCUAAGUCGAGAGCUGAGUUUCCAGGGGGAUAAGCCCGGUAAAGAAGGUGAUACAUCAUCACAUGGUCUUCUAUCAACAUUCGUCCACACGUUCAGAUGAUAUAUUCCUGUACGAAGAACCAUAUGACUGCCGGGAAACUGGUAACCCCCAGUUCCUCGACGCAACGUCCACUGCAUGUAUUACGUCAGACACCUACCAGCGAACAGCAGAUAUCCCCGUGGAUUUCUCAGCUGCAAGGAGUGAGGGCAGACCAGACCGUUAUAAGCUGAGUCGACUGAGACGCAAAAAGUUACAAAGGAUCAAGAGAAGUGCAUCAUUCCCCAUCAACAACUCCACGUCAACCAACCAUGGGCAAGGAAUUCAGAGGCACAGUUACGGGUCACCCUGACUUCGAUGGCAACGCCGAUGCCGAGGCUCUGUUCAAUGCCAUGAAAGGCUUCGGCAGCGACAAAGAGUCCAUUUUGGAUCUGAUCACUUCCAGAAACAAUGCCCAAAGACAAGAGAUUCGAGCAUCCUACAAAUCUCUCUACGGAAAGGACCUGAUUGAUGAUCUGAAAUAUGAGCUGACUGGCAAGUUCGAACGCCUGAUCAUCGCAUUGAUGAGACCUCCAGCAUAUCACGAUGCCAAGGAGAUGAAGGACGCCGUUAAGGGAGCUGGGACUAAUGAGAAAUGCUUGAUUGAGAUCCUCGCCUCCAGAACCAAUGAGCAGGUACAUGCUCUGACGGAGGCCUAUAAAGAUGCCUAUGACAGAGACCUUGAGGAGAGUGUUGUUGGCGACACUUCAGGACACUUUAAGAAGAUGCUGGUUGUUUUACUCCAGGGGACCAGAGAGGAUGACGAGGUCGUGUAUGAGGACCUAGUGGAGGAAGAUGCACAGCACCUGUACAGUGCAGGCGAGGAGCAGUGGGGCACAGACGAGGCCAAGUUCAUCAUGCUGCUGGGAAACCGGAGCGUCAACCAUCUCAGGCUGGUGUUUGAUGAGUACCAGAAGAUUGCAGAGAAGUCUAUUGAGGAAAGCCUCAGGAGUGAACUCUCUGGGGAUUUUGAGACACUAAUGCUGGCUGUCGUUCAGUGUAUCAGGAGUGUGCCCAUGUUCUUUGCCAGGCGUCUCUACAAAUCCAUGAAGGGUUUGGGCACAGCUGAUGACACCCUGAUCCGGAUCAUGGUGUCCCGGGCCGAAAUCGACAUGCUUGACAUCAGGGAAUGCUUCCGUCUGCGCUAUGAGAAGUCCCUUUACAACAUGAUCCAGGACGACACCUCUGGGGAAUAUAAGCGAACUCUUCUGAAGCUGUGUGGAGGAGAUGAUGACCUGGCUGGAGAGUUCUUCCCAGAAGCUGCCCAGAUCGCCUACAAGAUGUGGGAAAUCAGUGCCAUGACCAAAAUUACGCCAAGAGGAACGGUCCGCCCCGCUUCAGACUUCGACCCAUCCAGUGAUGCCCAGGACCUACGAAAAGCCAUGAAGGGCUUUGGCACAGAUGAAGACAUCAUCAUCGACAUCGUGUCGCAGAGGAGCAAUGAGCAGAGGCAGGAGAUCAGACAGGUCUUUAAGUCCCUCCUGGGAAGGGACCUCAUGGCCGACCUCAAAUCGGAGCUUUCUAAGAACCUGUGCAGACUGGUCAUGGCUUUGAUGAUGACUCCACCUGAGUUUGAUGCUAAGAUGAUGAAGAAAGCCAUGGAAGGAGCGGGGACCGACGAGCACGCUCUGAUCGAGAUCCUGGUGACGCGGAGCAAUGAGGAAAUCCAUGCCAUGUGUGCAGCCUACCAGGAAGCCUAUAAGAAGAGUCUAGAGGAUGCCAUCACAUCAGAUACCUCAGGUCUCUUCUGCAGGAUCCUCGUCUCACUAGUGCAGGGGGCUCGAGAGGAAGGGCCAGCAGAUAUGGACAGGGUAGAGGAAGAUGCGCAAGCACUGGCAGACGCGUGUAACGAUGACUCUAGCGAGAUGGAGGUGAAGUUCAUGACUAUUCUGUGCACCAGGAGCUUCGGUCACCUGAGGAGAGUGUUCCAGGAGUUUGUCCGAUGCUCCAACAAAGACAUUGAGCAGAUCAUUAAGAAAGAGAUGUCAGGAGAUGUCAAAAACGUCAUGUUUGCCAUCGUGAGGAGUGUUAAGAACCAGCCCUCCUACUUUGCAGACCGUUUGUACAAAGCCAUGAAGGGCUUGGGCACCGAUGACAGGGCACUCAUUCGCAUCAUGGUGUCCAGGUGUGAGAUCGACCUCUUCAACAUCCGCAAAGAGUUCAAAGAGACGCACGACGCCUCGCUCCACGAAUUCAUCCAGGUAGAAGCGUUUGUCGGUGAUACUACUGGUGACUACCGCAAAACCCUGCUCUUGCUUUGUGGUGGAGAGGACUAACGCUCUGGACGCAAGUUGCCCCAGCAACGGCCACAGACACAGACAGUCCCCAUAAGCUUCCUGUGAACUGGGCACCGUCCAAUGCUCCGGGGUGGAGGAAAGUGAAUGCCCACUAAGGACCCCCCCGUGCUGCUGCCACUCAAUGCCAAAGCUUGUGACCUUUCACCCUUGCACUUUCCCAGCGAUACUCUAUCACUCACUGUGUCUGACCGUCCCUGUGUUGGAAAGGGAUUGUGUAAUUGUUUUAUGUUCUUUUUUAAGGAGUAUGUAUGUAUUUGGAGUUUAUGGCAUUACAGUAGGAAAGCUGUGAAACCUAGAAACCUAGAAGAUUUACUGAGAGUAUUCUAGCUGUUUUUGUAGCUGUUGUUGCAUUAGCCAUCUGUAGCCAUCAAAUAACAGUGCUCUCCCUUCAAAUAAAAGGAAAACCUGUUCAAA